GCUGGUAUAUAUUUAGCACAUCAAGGCAACGUCGAUGCGCCGCCUUGCCCCAGCGGCAACCGCGACGGCAAGCGCCAGUGCGUACUAUCAGUCCCGUUGUACGCGAAACCCUUCGGACGAAGAUGCCCUCCAUCACUUGGCAGUGCUGUGCAAGGCCUCCGGCGACACGGACGGGUACCAUCGGUACGCGCGGAUGACCUUGUUGACAAACCGAGCGACCCACGAGCACGCGAACGAGCUCGGGCUGUCGCUCCUGGCCCAAGGCAAACUCGACCAAGCGUACGACCAGUUUCGCACUGCGAUCGCAGCCGCCCCAUGCUACGGCCCAAGCCACUUGAACAUGAGCAUGGUACAAGCAAAACGCGGCAACUUACGCGAGAGCUUGGUCCAUUGUGAGGAUGCACUCAAGUACAUGCCAGGCGAUGCCGCGGUGCUACGAAACCUGGCCAAGUUGCACGAUGCGAUGGGCCGCACGGAAGCUUCCCUGGCGUACAACAAACGGGCUGCGGCGGUGGCGCCCCAUGACGCCACCCUCGCACGGACGAUUGCGCUUCAAAACGUCGCAAGGGGGGACAUCCCCCACGCCUACGACGCGUACGCCGUGCAUCGGCGAAUUCUGGGAAAAAAGGUCGACUUGAAAAUAUAAAGGCUGCUAGUUCCCCAUCAUCACCAGGGCGGACAUAGUUCAACGCUGCGAAAAACAGUCACAGGGCUGUGGUGGAUGCCAAGAUGUGCUUGAGAGAUAGAUGCACUUGCGACAGUCGCCAGCCCCAGCGCAAAGCAGCAUGCAAACCAUAGAAGAAGGGAAGCCGCGAUGCCAGAUCUCGAAGCCGUUCUCAA